AUGUCCCGAUAUAACCGUUGUGGCUGUUUAUUUUCAGCUCAAUGUAUUGCGCCGUUGGGCAUGGAGAGUGGGUUGAUACCCGACAAAGACCUCACCGCCAGCUCGUCUUUCAACGAUGGCAACGUGGGACCCCAGAACGCACGGCUGAACCAAGAUAUAAAAAGUGGUGCGUGGUGUCCCAAAUCGCAGAUUACGACGGAGUCAACUGAAUGGUUAGAGAUUGAUCUACACUCAGUACACGUCAUCACGGGGGCUGGUACUCAGGGGCGGUUCGGCAACGCACAGGGGGUGGAAUACGCGGAGGCCUACGUGUUAGAAUACUGGAGGCCUAAACUUGGGAAGUGGGUUCGAUAUCGUGCAGCUGAUGGGAAAGAGAUUCUAACAGGAAAUACGAACACUUAUUUAGAGAAAAAGAAUCACCUCGAGCCUCCGAUAUGGGCUUCGAAGAUACGCUUCAUCCCAUAUAGCUCGCAUCGACGCACCGUAUGUAUGAGAGUCGAACUUUACGGCUGUUAUUGGAGUGUGGGCAUAGUUUCCUAUUCAAUGCCGAAAGGUGACAAGCGAAGCAAUGGGGUCGAAUUGACCGAUAUGAUUUACGACGGUCAGUGGGGGGAGGAGUUGAGGGGUGGCUUGGGGCAGCUAGUUGAUGGUCAGUUCGGGGGAGAUGAGAUCAGGGAGGCUGCAAAGAGCUCAGCCUGGGUUGGCUGGAGGAACGACUCGAGGCCAUACUCCCCCGUCCUGACCUUCGAAUUCGAUAAAGUGAGGGAAUUCAGUGCUGUCCAUCUAUACUGUAACAACAAGUUUAUGAGAGAUGUUCAGGUCUUUUCCGAAGCAGUUAUAUCUUUUUCCAUCGGCGGCCGCCAUUUUCAGGACGAGCCAAUACGUUACACGACGGUUGAAGAUAACAUAUUCGAAAGUUCUCGAAAUGUUAGCAUCAAACUCCACCAUCGGAUAGGGAAGUGGGUUCGAAUUGAGUUACAUUUUUCUGCUCGAUGGAUACUUAUCAGUGAAGUGCUCUUUGAUUCAGAUGUAGCACAAGGAAAUUACACGCCGGAGAGCCCUAAACCUGCUGUUGGGAAGGACAAAACAAAACAACAAGUCACAAAAGACCUACCAAUUUCCACCGCCCAUCAAGACGACCCUCUAUACAUGGCCAUCAUUGUUGGAGUUCUAACUGCGUUAGUCAUCUUACUGGCCGUCGCGGUAUUCCUAAUCAUCCAUAGACAUAGACAUAGAAAAUGCUUCGCUUCACCCUUGACCAAAACGACAAUUCAGAAACGAGCAGAAAACUACAACCCCUGCUCCUCCAUAGACAAUAAAAUUAUAAUAGAUUGCCCAGAUGUUAAAUCUGAUGAGUACCAAGAACCUUAUCAGGCUUUGAAGUGCGCUCCAUAUUUCAGUUAUAGCACUGUUCUGUUGGAAAUGAAGGAUUUUGUGAAGGAUUCCAAUGCAGCUCUGUCAGAUAGUUCGAACUACGACUACGCAGUACCAGAGUUGAGUUCCGCCCCGCUACUAACAAAACGACGGAUAGCGGACAAUUUGUCCGACCGCGUCACUGAACCCAUGACCGACCUCGUGGAUACCAUAGACAUGGACACCAGACGGUCACUGCGGUCUGACCGGACAAGGUCGCCAAGUCAACAAGAAGUUAUAAUUGAUCUCAAACGUCGUCUAGAAAGCACUAAUGUGAUAGAGUUUCCAAGACAUCGCCUCCGUAUGAUCUCCAAAUUGGCGGAAGGUGCUUUUGGCACGGUGUAUGUAGCCGAAGCAGAUGGUGUUCCAGAAUAUAAUGGGACAAUAACAGCAGAAAAACGUUUGGUGGCCGUCAAGUUUCUAUGCCAUGACGCGUCCGAUAAGGAGAGGUAUAUCAUGGAGGAUUUUGAACGUGAUGUCCGUAUAUUGGCGGCUCUCUCGUCUCCGCAUCUCGCGAGAGUGCUGGGCGCGUGUCGGUCACCGCCUCUAGCUGUUGUUCUGGAAUAUUCCGAAUUGGGUGAUCUUUGCGCGUUUCUACGAUCAUCUCCGCCGGCUAGUAUGGGCACCGCGACUUUACUCCACAUAGCGACUCAGAUAGCCGCAGGAAUGUUUUAUUUGGAAACACUCAAUUUUGUACACAGAGAUCUGGCUACUAGAAACUGCCUAAUCGGUAAAGGCUAUCAGAUCAAAAUCAGCGAUUUUGGUACAGACAAUGAAACGUACGCAUGUGAUUAUUACAAAGUGGAUGGUAGGAUCCCUCUCCCAUUGCGGUGGGCGGCUUGGGAGUCUGUAUUGAGAGGAAAAUACACGACCAAAAGUGAUGUAUGGGCUUUUGCUGUCACAUUACAUGAGAUAUUCACUCUGUGCAGAAGACGGCCCUAUGAGCAUUUGACUGAAGCUGAGGUACUAGAGAACCUUUCACAUAUGCAAGCGGAUGACGGCUUAUUUGAAUACAUCGACCGGUGUCCGGGACUUCCCCGGGAUAUAUACGAACUUAUGGCGGAAUGUUGGACUCGAAACGAACUCGAUCGUCCUUCCUUCAACGAGAUUCAUCUAUUUCUACAAAGAAAAGGUAUUAGUUAUUCG